GAAGAGCAAGUCUUAUAUUGGCCUCAAGGUGUAAAUGCAGAGAAGGCAUUGAGGUCUCAACAACACCGGACUUAAAAUCUUGGAGGAAAUUCCGUUUGGUUAAAGUGAAAAUAUCAUCAGAUAGUUACCAAGACUGUGAAGAUUACCUGCACACAUCUACAGUUGAGGAUACUCUGAGCAGUGCUGACUCUGAUGGUGAUAGUAAUGGUGUAUCAAGGAUCAAGAGAAAACGUCCUAAGAAGAUCCUUCCAGAUGGCUUUGUCAGUAGCCAGGAUAUGCGUGUGUUGCAGGAAGUUACUCCAGCCAAGACAAAGAAAGGGAUUUCACCUCUGAACAAGGUUCCAGAUCCUCCUCAAAAGCUGCCUUCACUACCAAAUGGGGCCACACCAUCACCUCAGUCUCAAACGUCAUCUACCAGAAGCAGAAGUGUAACUUCUACUUCAUUUCUAAGAAGGUCAAGUUCUUCUGAUUGUGAUUGGGAUGUGGAUGAACAACGUUCUCCAAUGUCUGGAUCUAGCCAAGAUUAUUACAAGUCUUGCAACCCUGGCCAUACCAAGAAACUUAAGAAUGACAGCCAUAACAGCCUGGACCGACCUCAGCAACAUUACAGUAAGAACCAAAAAGAACAACAUGACAUCAGGGACCAACAAGAACUACAUGACAGCAGGAGCCAACAAGAACGCCGUUUCAGUAGGGACCAAGAACAGCAUCACAUCAGGGACCGACAAGAACAACAUCACAUCAGGGAUCAACAAGAACAUUACAGUAGGGACCAAGAACAUCUCAUCAGGGACCGACAUGAACUACAUGACAUCAGGGAUCAACAAGAACCACAUUACAGUAGUGACCAAGAACAUUACACCAGGGACCAACAAGAACUACAUGAAAUCAGGGACCAACAAGAACGACAUUACAGUAGGGACCAAGAAAAACAACAUCACAUCAGGGACCGACAAGAACCACAUUACAGUUGGGACCAACAAGAACGACGUGACAUCAGGGAUCAACGUACCAGACGUGAUCAACAUAACCCCUGCAGCCCACCCUAUCACACUGGCAGGGAUGAACGCCUCCAAAUGCAGCUAGAACCAAAGGAUCAUAGUUUCCCCAUGGAUACAGCUAGGUUCCAGAAACGUGUUCUCCAACUGCUGUUAGAUAUGAGGGAUGAGAUGAGAGAUGUGAAGCACGAGGUGAGAGAUGUGAAAUCUGUCGACCGUGUUAGCUCAUUUAGUGACAGUGGUAUAGACCUGACUAUCAAGCGGAGUAACACCUUAGAAGAACUUCAAACUGUAGAAAGGGAUUUGGAAAAUGCCACUUAUUUUCAAGAAAUGUAUAGUAAGUGUAUUCGCAUAGGUGGUAUGAAUAAGAAGGAUAUGGUAUCAAAGUUGCUGUUAUAUGGCAGCUGCCUUUAA